UACGGGCUCUUCGUCAUCUUCGUUUUCCUCGAAUGGUAGGGCUGGCGGCAUUCUUCCUGCACCUCAAGGGGGUAACGCUGCUAGCAUGUCUAACGCGAUUGUUCCUUAUCAAGCUCCGCAGAGCCGAGGAACUGGUAACAAUGAGAGAGGGUACAACAGUGGUGGUUAUAAUGGUGGUAGUAGGAAUUCCUACGGUGGUAAUGGCGGCGGUUACAAUAAUCAACAGAGAGUCUCUCACAAUUGGGGAGGUAAUCGAGAUCGUGAGUACGAGGAGAAAUUCGACAAGAUCUAUGGGUUACUAACAAAACAAGCCGAAGAAAGAGAGCAACGCAAGAGGGAAGCAGAUCGACUAUUGUCGCUUGAAGAGGAGAAGAAACGCCUGCAGGCUGAAGAACUCAAACGGGCGGAGGCAAAAAAUGAACGGGAACAGCAGGAGGCAAGGCUGUGUGAAUGGGCGUUGGGAAGGAAAGUUGACUUACCCGGCGAUGAGGAGUCUGAAGUUGCCAAACUCCGGAAGGAGUUAGAUGCUUUGAAGGCGAGUUGUGCUGGCGGGUCGAAAGAAACUGAGCUGGAGGCUCUCCGACGUGAGAAGGAUUCCUUGUUAAGGGCACAAGACAUUGGGAGCGAAGAGGACAGACUACGAAAGGAGAUUGCAGAACUGAAGUCGUGCAUCGGACAACAACAGCUGGCGGAUUCCCAGAAGGAGAAAGACGAGAUACCUGCUCUUAAGAUACAGAUCGCUGAGCUCAGCGGCAUCCGUAAGGCUUUGGAGGACAAGAGUACUGAGGUGGCUUUUCUACAGAAAGAGAACUCGCAUCUUCGAUCGGAGUUCAAUGGGUUGAAGGAAGAAAUUUCAAGAACUUCGCCAAGCCGGGAAGAGAAGCGCUGCGACGCGACCAAGAAAACUACUCCGAGGAACUUGAAGACUGCGUUCGAGUCAGUGGACAUUGAUUCUGACGAUGAGAGGGAGGAUGCUGGCAAGGAGGCUGACCCAACCAAGAGUACUAAAGGCCGCUCAGCUGUCGAUGAUGCACAGGAGCUUGAAGUUACUAAGAUGGAAGUAUUUCGUGAGAAACGCCUGAGAGAACUGAGGGUUGGGAAGAAGAAUGAUCUUGAGAAGUUGUGCCAAGAUGAAGGCAUUUCCUACAUUAAACUAGAUCAGGCCAAGGCUGAUGUGGCGGAGAUUCGUGCUCGACGCGACUUUGACGAAUGGUUGAGAUCGAGAACUAAUCAGGAGGAGGAAGAUCGUGAUCAACAUUAUUCCACAUUUGUGGAAGAGGCUAACGAGGGUUAGGGGCACUCCCUGAGCGUAUCCUAUCUCUGGUCUCUUGCCCUUCUUUGCCGGGAUUAUCGUAGUUCUUUGCCUAUUGGUGAG